UCGGAAGGGUUGGUAAUCAUCAGCUGGUGUUGCAGAGACGAGAAGAAGAUGUCAAAAUUUGUGUGUUUCCCUCCAUUUUCUCUUGUUUUUGGCGGCCGGCGGUGAAGAGACGGAGAAGGAGAGAAGGUAAAGUGCUCAUGAGAGAGGCGACUGGCAGAACAUAGAGGAGGAAAGCGAGGGAGAGCCAGUAUCGUCUCUGAAAGAUUAUGUUUAAUUGUUGGAGACACCUGACAGAAUGUUGAGAGCUGACCAGCAGGUGAAUGGAGACAGGCUGUCUACAGAGUGUACAGCCAUGCCGCGCUCACCGAGGACUGACAAGAACACCAAGGGGAUGUCUGAGAAACGAACAGACAAGGACUUUAUUUUUGGAAAGCUGAUCGGAGAAGGAAGUUUUUCAAGUGUGUAUUUGGCAAAGGACAUACACACAGACCAGGAAUAUGCAGUGAAGGUAUGUGACAAGGAACACAUUAAAAGAGAGAGAAAGGUGCAACAAAUUAUUAGAGAGAAAGACAUCAUGAAUCUUCUCAAUGAUCGGUGGGAGACGACUGCACCGUUCUUCGUCAAGCUCUCAUACGCGUUCCAGGAUGAAUGCAAACUCUAUUUUGUGAUGACGUUUUGCAAGAACGGUGAGCUUCUGUCACUUCUUCAAAGAGUCGGAAACUUUGAUCGUGAGGGUGCCCGCUUCUACUUCGCCGAGAUGGUGCGGGCCAUGGAACACCUGCACUCCCUCCGCAUCAUCCACAGGGACAUGAAGCCUGAGAAUAUUCUUCUUGAUGAGGACAUGCACAUAAAGAUCACUGAUUUUGGGUGUGCUAAGAUUCUCAGCAAGGAGGAGGUGGAGGCUGCAGGCUGCGACGACAGGCCCAGGAAGAACAGUUUUGUGGGGACAGCGCAGUACGUGUCCCCGGAACUGUUAAGCUCAAAGACGUGUGGGCCAGGGGCAGAUGUUUGGGCCCUUGGCUGCAUCCUCUAUCAAAUGGUGUCUGGCCUGCCUCCUUUCAGAUCCAAAAGUGAAUAUUUUAUCUAUCAAAAAAUACAAAAACUGGAGUAUGAAUUUCCUCAAGGCUUUUAUGAGGACGCCAAGGACAUGGUUAGGAAGCUACUGGUCAUCGAGGCAGAGGACCGGCUGGGCGCAAACGACCCCAUUGGACGCUACACCUCGUUAAGGGGUCACCCACUCCUUAACGACCUCGACCUUGACACGAUGCACUUGAAGAAGCCUCCCAAGAUUGCCCCGUUCCUGCCACAAGGCGAUGAAGAGAUUAACUGGGAGCUUAACCAGCCUGGCCUAAACUCCAUUGCACUCCAACUGGAACUAGGCCUCCAACUGAGAGACACAGUGGAGGAGGAGGUGGAGGAGCAGCUGCCUAAGAGAAGAGACAAGCAGAACCUAGCAGACGUGAGGGACGAGGAACUGGUACUGCGGCUGGCGGAUCAGGAACAGAACAACAAGUGGAACAAGUUUGUGGAGGGAAACCUUAUUUUGAAACAAGGCUUGAUGGAUAAGAGGAAGGGGCUGUUCCCGCGUCGUCGGAUGUUCCUCCUGACGACUGGGCCUCACCUGUACUACGUGGACCCAGUUAACCAGGUGUUGAAGGGACAGAUUCCUUGGUCAGACACGCUUACGACGGAAGCUAAAAAUUUUAAAACCUUCUUCGUGCAUACGCCCAACCGAACAUAUUACCUGGAGGAGCCGGAAGGGUACGCCCUCAAAUGGUGCAAGGCUAUAGAGGAGGUGAAGAGCUUCUACUAUCCACAGUCAUCCACCUCCACAUCCACCUGAUUCCACUCCUCAUUGGGCGGGAAAGAUGUUGGGCUAGUUUGGGCGGGAAAAGGUUGGGCUAUUCUCGCGCGCUCUGUUGGUGGCGGUGGUAGGAUUGGGCUAGAUUUGGGCUAGAUUAUUUUGUUUUUUUAAUUUUUAUUUGUGUGUGUGUGUGUGUGUGUGUGUGUGUGUGUGUGUGUGUGUGUGUGUGUGUGUGUGUGUGU